CUGUGAUCUGAUUGGUGGAGAAGAAUCGAGGCUGUGUAGUGCAUGGUGACGCUGCUUUGUCCUCCAUAAAUACAGCGACUUAUACCUCCUUAAAGUCCUUCUACUUGACUGCCAGCGAGGUUAAACGUCAGGAAGUCACCGCUGCUCACCUGCAUAAACAGGAUGCCUGGAUCCGCCUCAAUCAACUGCUUAGGACCAUGGCCAAAAGAUGUGGGUAUUAUUGCCAUGGAACUGUACUUCCCAUCCCAGUAUGUGGAUCAGGCUGAACUGGAGCAGUUUGAUGGCGUUCCAUCUGGGAAAUACACCGUGGGAUUGGGUCAAGCGCGCAUGGGCUUCUGUUCAGACCGUGAGGACAUAAACUCCCUGUGCCUGACCGUGGUCCAAAGGCUGAUGGAGAGGAACAGCCUGUCCUAUGACAGCAUUGGUCGCUUGGAAGUUGGCACUGAGAGCAUUAUUGACAAAUCCAAGUCAGUGAAGACGGUCCUCAUGCAGUUGUUUGAGGAUUCUGGUAACAGCAACGUGGAGGGGAUUGACACCACCAACGCUUGUUACGGCGGGACGGCUGCGCUCUUCAAUGCUGUCAAUUGGGUGGAGUCCAGCUCCUGGGAUGGCCGCUAUGCCUUGGUUGUUGCAGGGGACAUUGCAGUCUACGCCUCAGGAAGUGCCAGACCUACAGGGGGCGCUGGCGCCGUGGCGAUGCUGGUUGGGCCUAAUGCUCCUUUAGCCUUUGAGCGAGGUCUACGAGGAACGCACAUGCAGCAUGCGUACGACUUUUACAAACCUAACCUGAUGUCGGAGUAUCCUGUGGUGGAUGGCAAGCUGUCCAUCGAGUGUUACCUGAGUGCCUUGGACCGCUGUUACUCGCUCUACCGAAAUAAGAUCCAUGCUCAGUGGCAAAGAGAGAGUGUGGACAAGCAAUUCUCUUUGGAGGAUUUUGGCUUUCUUGUCUUUCACUCGCCAUAUUGCAAGCUGGUGCAGAAGUCUUUGGCUAGACUGAUGCUGAACGACUUCCUGAGCCAUCCCAGCCCCGACACUGACACAGGACCCUUUAGUGGCCUUGAUGCUUUCAGAGAUGUGAAGCCAGAAGAGACCUACUUUGACCGUGAUGUUGAGAAGGCUUUUAUGAAGGCCAGUACAGACCUGUUUGAAAGAAAAACCAAACUGUCCUUGCUCAUCUCCAACCAGAAUGGAAACAUGUACACUCCCUCAGUGUACGGCUGCCUGGCAUCACUCAUUGCACAACACACAUCAUCACAGUUGGCAGGUCAGAGGAUUGGGCUCUUCUCUUAUGGAUCAGGAUGUGCAGCAACGUUAUAUUCUCUCAGGGUCUCACAAGAUCACACACCCGGUUCAGCUCUUGACAAACUUCUUAGUAGCAUGAGUGACCUAAAGAGCAGACUGGAGUCCAGGAAGAAGGUUUCACCUGCUGUGUUCUCUGAAAACAUGAUGCUUCGAGAGCAGACCCAUCACCUCGCCGGCUACGUCCCUCAAGGCUGCGUGGAGGAUCUGUUCCCAGGAACGUGGUACUUGACGCGGGUGGACGACAAACACCGCAGAGAAUAUGCCAGAAGACCUGCGGACGACAACCUGCCUUCAGAGUCUGAGCGUGUUCACUGCUGCGACGCUCAGCAGCACAUCUCAAGCCCAGCCAAGAAGAUUCCGCAUAUUCCCGUCGCCACCGCCACAAACGACAGCGCCAUCAACAACUGACAGCACGCAGCUCUUCUCCGAGGCAUCCAGUGGUCUGGAAACAAGUACAAGGGCUGCAAAGGCCAAUGUAUGGUUUGGAACUUGAGGACAGCCUUUAGAAACUGCUACUGCAAUGCAACUUCAUCACGACUACAAACUGUAAAGCACAGCAAUACAAGCCUUUGUGCUGCAAUUAAUAUCAAGCUGUUAUGAAAAAGAGAAUGAAUCUUACUCCUGUUGUCAAAGCAAGGAGUGUUGCUCUCAUCCCUAUAAACUGUAACACACAGCCAAGGUAGUAUCAGCACCCGGUUUUUUAGUUUCACCACAAUCAAUCAAACAAUACAUUCCAACAUGCAUUCUUUCCUUUGUAGAUUUCAAAUAAAAAGUAAUAAGAUAUCACUUAAAUGCUAGGAAAGGCUAUAAUCUUUGACAGUAUCUGUCUGCACUUGUUUUUAACUUUUAUUGUCCGAUUGACACAAGUGGAAUUAGUCUAUCAUUGACUGCAUGUACUCCAGCCACAAUCAUGAUGCCCUUAGUGGUGUGUAAUGGUACUGCAGCAUCACUCUUUCCUAAUAAGGGCACGGUUCCAAUCAAAAUGCAAGACCGUAUUGUUUCUUACAGUAAACACUUCGCCAACUAAACAUUUCAUUUGAAAAGAAAUAGUGUGUACAAAGGAAAACUUGGAUCCAGUUUGUACAUUGAAAAUAGUAAAUAAUAGUUGCUAAAUUAGCAAAUUUGCGUAAGACCUCAAAAUAUAUCUCAUAAUUAUUUUAUUUUUACAACAUACCGAGGGUCACACUGCAGACAACUACAACAGUCAGAAUUUAAAGACUGAAUGUAGUAAAGUAAAGUUUAUUACUGGUUAAAGUACAGUAUUAAUAGUCCAAGCGUGUAGUCCAGUUCUCCAUCUCGACUGAACAAUAAAGUCACACCGCUUUCAUUUGAUCCACUUAUCUUUGUUUACGUAAUUCCCUGGGAAGGCCAAGUGUUCCCAAACAGGAGACCUUAACCACAGAAGAGGCUUUUCGAGCUCUGGUUUCUCCUUGGCACUAUGGCUAGCAAUAACUCCUGUUAGCCAAAGACUGGACUGUAUUUGUUUGCCUAGUAGACCCUCACUACGGUGUGUGUGGGUGUGGGAAAUCGGUAUGCCCAUGAAGGCGAAAGUACACUUGGCAUUAGAAGUAAGACAGUGUGCUGAUGAGGUCCUGGCAUUUUGUUUUAUAGCGUUGUCUUCCUGUUAUUGUGCUCCAGUUGUUUGCUGGAAGAAGUAGAGCUCAGGAAAAAGCAUGGCUAAGAUAAGUCUUAAACUAAGUUGCAGUGGAUGAUUCUUAUUCAGCCUGCUUGCAGUUAAGCCUUACAAGAUCCUUCAAGUAUAAAAGCUGAUGUACCCUCAGAGUUGCCGUCUCCACACACACACCAGCAUCAAGGAUGUGUGUGCCCACUUUGCAGUCUCACCACUUGAAAUGUAAAAGUACAGUAUAAACUGUCAAUGUAUUUAUGCUGUGUACAUAAGAGUGCGUGGAUGAUUCUUCGUUUAAUCCUCCCUCAUUUGUGUAAAUCAGAACCAAUCAAUACAUUUAUAUUCAACA